CUGUCCGCUUUGCGAUUACAUUACCCACAAUCCUCAGGUACCGUCGUAAAGACGGCAUACCUUUGCACUUUACGUGACCAAACCUGGAUGAGAGAGUCGCAGUUCUUCAGAAUCAAGGUCUCCGGAAGAGGUGUUUGUGGAGGACAGUGGUCGGCAGCCAGAGAGACCUCCCAAAAAUCAGCCGGCAAGCUGGAUGAGGAGGGACUAGAGCUUGCCGUCUGUCGACAUGGAGUGCUCCUCUGUGCUCUCAAUAUGUACAGGGGAGACAUCUUUGCUUAUCCCCUGUACCUACAGAAAAAGCUGGCCAGUAGUAUGUUCUUUUGCAUGAAUGUGACCUGCAAAUAUUGGCCCUACCUCCAGAGAAUCACAAAAAGCUGUCCAGAGCUCCAGCAUCUUCUCGACAUGAAGCCCUUUCUCUCAGUGUUUCAUGCCAAAGCGCAUGACUUCAAAUGUGAAGUGAAAUGGAGUGGGGCAUAUCAAGAGGGGGCUGGACUAACCCUAGGGGAGGAGGUGGAACAGGUCAAUGCCUUCCUCUCUCGGAUAGCAGUGACCACAAAACACAUGUCAAAAGCAGGACGUACAGACAUGCUGACGCUGAUGGCCAUGCGCUGGAAUCAGCAAAAAGUCAGCAACUUGGCCACCUCACUGUCCCGCAGAUAUCUGAAGACCACAAAAGCUCUGGAAAAGCAAUUGCAGAACCUGGAGUCCAUGAAGGCUGAGUUGGCAGUGACUGAAAAGCAGCUGGAAGACUGGGUCAGAGAUGUGAAUGAGUGGGCAGAAACAACAACAAACAACCCAAGGGAUGCUGCUGCCUUGGCCAGCAAGAUCGAAAUGCUGACAGUAAGUGUCAAGAGACGUUCGCGGCGUCUCUACAAAGACACAGACAGCAACAAAGGUCGUUCCCGGAUCCGCCGCAAGAUCAGGGAUGAGAAAGGGGUCCUGACAGCCACAGUUGAGAAAUACAACUCAAUGGUUCCAAGCACAGAAGCGCUGUGCCUCGAAGCCAUUCUGUCUGUGGAGAAAGCUUGGCCAUGGCAGCUACCAAACAGUGACUCUUUCGACCUCAGGACAAAGAGAAGAGCAUUCGACCUUGUCAUGGCAGUGAAGAGACUACAGGAGGAGAAGAAGAUUCUCGUCACAGAAAUGAACCACCACUGGAAGGUCCUUUCAACCCGCAGUGAUUCCCUGAAAGAGAUGUCCUGCCUGCAAAGUACAGUAUAUAUUACAUUUUUACUUUGCAUGACUUUACACAUCAGUGAUAGGUGAUGAAGUAACUAAUAU